AGGGUCGCUCUGGAUCCCUGUUUCCGAUUCACGCGACAUGUUCGUCGAUCGGACGGUGGGCCCCGGAUAUCGCGAUCCCCUCAAGUUCUGCAGGGCAGUCCGCAUCGUGGCAUGAUCAAAAACAGGCUCCCCGGCCCCACGAACUGGUCCCUUUGUUGGACCGAUCGAAGCAGCCAACGUGCCAUCGGAACAUUCACAACCCCGAUUCCAACGUUCUGGGUCGUAGCCCAGCUGCUCUCUCCUGGAUCGGGAGCAACGAUUAAUUAA